AUGCCAUCGAAGACAAAUGGAGAAGAAUUUAAAGAACAACUUGAAGAUAUAAUAAAAUGUCCAAUAUGUCUGGACAAUUUUAAUGAACCCCGCAUAUUGCCCUGUUCGCAUACAUAUUGCUUGCAAUGCAUCAAAGAUUUGGCGGCUAGCAAUCAAGGCCAAUUUAUCUGUCCGCUACGUGAUGGAAUCACAAUAUCAAGCACAAAUAUCGAUUCACUUCCACUUAAUCUUGCUAUUCGUGAUAUAGUUGAUUUAGUAACAAAACAUGCAGAUAAUCGAUCAGCAGCACCUCAUCCACCUUCUUCAGUUCUUCCAUCUGUUAUGACAGCAUCAACAGAUUCUCUACGACAGCAACAAACAAUUAAAUUUGUUAAAGUUAUAGAUUCUUAUGUUGCAGAACAUGAUGAUGAAUUAACCAUACAACCAGGUGAUCUAAUUUUGUUACUCGAACGUCGUCCAGAUCAAUGGUGUAAAGGAAAUUUACAUGGAAAAAUUGGUUUAUUUCCAGGCAAUUUUGUACAAGACAUAUAA